UCAGGACUUUACCCACUACUUCUGCAGCCUCAACUGACAAAGGGACACAGAGGAGAAAAAACCCAGAAUCAAAGUGCUCGCUUUCCGUUUGAAAAGGAAGAUCCAAGAUUCAUGAUGGAGGAGGGAUAUGAACUCGACCUGACGUACAUCACAGAGCGCAUCAUUGCCGUGUCCUUCCCCCGGGGCUGCACAGAGGAGAUCUACUCUCACAAUCUGAAGGAUGUCACACGAAUGCUCAAGUGCAAGCAUGCCGAUAAUUACCUGAUUAUCAACCUGUCAGAGAAAAGACAUGAUCUCACUAAAAUGAACCCAAAGACUCUGGACACAGGCUGGCCUGACAUGCACGCUCCACCCCUGGAUAAAAUCUGCACCAUCUGUAAGGCCAUGGAGAGCUGGCUCAAUGCUGACCCCCUUCAUGUGGUGGUGAUACACUGCAGGGGCGGCAAGGGUCGAAUCGGUGUUGUCAUCUCAUCCUUUGUGCAUUUCACUGACAUAUCAGCCAGUGCUGAUCAGGCGUUGGACCGCUUUGCGAUGAGGAAAUACUACGAUGAUAAGGUCUCAGCUUUGAUGACACCCUCGCAGAAACGGUAUGUUUGGAUCCUCAACAGUCUUCUAAGUGGAUCCAUGAAGAUCAAUGCCUCACCCUUGUUCCUGCACUGCGUCAUUCUUCACGGGAUCCCAAACUUCGACGCCACUGGAGUUUGUCGUCCCUACAUGAAGGUUUACCAGGGAAUGCAAGCAGUGUAUUCAUCUGGAAUCUAUCACAUUGGUCCGGGCCACAGAGACCGUGUAUGCAUCACCCUGGAGCCCGCCCAGCUUCUAAAAGGAGACAUUAUGAUUAAAUGCUAUCACAAGAGUGCCGUCACCUCAGAACGUGAAGUCAUUUUCCGGAUGCAGUUCCACACGGGAGCAGUGCAGGGCUACAACCUGAUGUUUGAAAAGGAGGACAUGGAGACUGCCAACAAAGAUCCCAGAUUUGCAGAUUAUGGUAAAGUGGAGCUGGUCUUCUCCGAGGGACCAGAGAAAAUCCCAGGUGCCGACAGGUGGCAGAAUGGGGCGGAUGUUAUUGUGGACUACAACACAGCAGAUCCUCUAAUCCGCUGGGACUCCUACCAGAACAUCUGUGAUGUUGAAGCACCACGAUCUCAAGGCCUAACCCAGGACAAGGCGGCUAACAAGAGGAGCCCCAGCGGAGGAGAGGCGACACUGGGCAGAGGGGCCCGCACGACCUCCGCCACCUCCAGCCCCGACCACAGCGACCACGCCCUCUCCGUCAGCAGUGACUCGGGCCUGUCUAGCACUUCCCUGUGGGCGGACAGACCCGCACCUGUACCUGCCAUCAACACCAACACCAACACCAUCACCAUCAGGCCUAACCACGGCCCCAGCCAGCAGGAAAAGGUCCAGCUGAAGCGCCUUUUGAGUGGCUUUGGUCUCGAGGAUACCUCACUGGAGGAGAUGGGGGAUCAAGGCCCCAGAGUGGGCAUCCAGCAGAUAGUCCCGGCGCAGGUGCACAUAAACGGAGUCACCAGACCCCGAGAGAGGGAAACGGACAUCCUGGAUGAUGAGGUCAUUACAGGUCACGAUCUGCACAGUGUGGACAGUUUAGGGACCUUGUCGUCCUCCUGCCACAAGAGCAGCCAGAACUCCCUCCUGUCAGAUGGUUUCGGGAGUCCCGGAGGAGAGGAGCAGCAAAACCAAAUCCAGCAUCAUCUCCACCACCACCCUGCACCCCCCCACAUGGAGGAGUAUGAGAGAGCCUAUGCUGAGACUAAAAGGGGAUGUUUGAACACCAGGAGCAACACUGUGGUCUCCGCAAAUCCCAGCGGGGCUCCAAUGCCCAAACAACACGUCUACAGACAGGGGAGUUAUUCCACUCAGUCCUGGGUUCGCCAGCAGCAGAUGGUCGCUGCACAACAGUUUAUCUACAUGCCCGAGGAUGGAAACGAAACAGAAAGGUACCAAGGGAACAAGCAAGGGAGCAGUUCACCCAAAGCAGGCCUGCCGACGGAAAAACAGGGCCCUACUAGGGACAUGGCGACAGAUGCUCUGAGAAACACUGAGCCACACAAGGAGCAAGCUACGAUGAACAAUAACAACAACAACAAACGCGAUGAGGAGUUCAAAUCUCUAACGAUAGACAUUGACAACUCCAUCGACCAGCUCAACCAACUGAUCAUGGACCUGGAUCCCACAUUUAUGCCAAAAUCGAACAAUGCAGGCUCCAUAAAGAGGAACGGUGGGACGCCAACAGACGGCUCCGUGUCCAAAUGCAUGAAUGGCAUCAAUCUCAGGUUCAACGAUAAUACCACAGCAACCGUGAAAAACACACAGCAGACAGAGAAGUUGUGA